AGAACACACACACACACACACACACACACACACAUACACGCAGAUCAACCAUCACAGAGAGCAGAGGACACAUCGAGACUCACCGCGCGAUGGACUCUGUACCCGUGUACCACGGCCCCAUUGGAAAAGCCCAGUGCGAGAGGAGACUGUGUGAAGCGGGCAAGGAUGGCAGCUACCUCAUCCGAGACAGCGAAUCGAAGCCCGGAAUGUACUGCCUGUGUGUGCUGUGUAAAGGCUACGUCUACACGUAUAGGGUACAGCAGGAUGCAGAGGGAUCUUGGGCGGCUGAUACUGCAGACGACCAACAGAAGCGCUUGUUUCGCAAAGUCAAGAACUUGAUAAGCGCCUUCGAGAAGCCAGACCAAGGGAUCGCCAUUCCGCUCCUCUACCCGGUACCUCGGCCCAUGCCGACGACGCCGGCGUACAUGUCAACCACAGAGCAGCCGUCUCCUCCUCCUCGGCCCACGGGCCAGAAUCACAAUCAGAACCACAACCAGAACCACAACCAGGGACCACACCAGAACCAGCACAAGUCCGCGCCGCGGGUCAAAGGGAAAAAACGGCCUUCUGUCUAAGGAGUCGGUCGCACGGCAUCUCUCUGCAGAGACUCGAGUCGGGAGUUGAAAGCAGGCCAGAUGUUUUCAGUUGAUCCUUCCGAGAACUUUCUGGCUCUCUCAUCCUCACUCUGUUUCCCUACUUGCGUCUUGUCCUCUGAGUUCCUCGUUUAUAGGCUACCACGCUGGCUCUCCGUCUCUCACGCGGUCUCUUUCUCUCUCUUCGUUUUCUUCUCCAUAUUAUAAGGUAUAAUUCUAUGAAUUGAUUUUUAAUUAAAGUGCUCCAGGCUUUUUUUUUUUUUUUUUUUUUUUUUAAUUCUCCAUUUUUUUUUAACAUUUUGUCUUGGCUGAGAGUAAGAUUGUGGCACUUCUAUUUUAUUCCACAAAUAGAAACCUCAAGUCUAUUGCUACAAAUCUAGUUGAAAGGCUUUUCAGUAGAGCCAGCCUCUGUCACAUGGUUGUAGACAAAGAUCCUGUUUUCAUACAACACUGUGUUACCUGACAGACAUGUAUAGUGCUACCCACAAGAAAUGUAUGCAGGAUACAGGCAUUUAGCCUUUACCCGCCAGCGCCAUUUUGUCAUUCGAUCAAGGAAUCUGUGUAUCCUUUGAUCUGAAGUGGGGCCUACAUUAGUUGUCAAGAUCAUUUAAGAGCUUGUUACUGUGUUAACUGUAUUUAAAUACAGUAAAUGUAUACAUUUGUAAUGAUUACCAUGAUAAAUAAAUAUAUAAAAUAAAGACCAGGUAGGAUAGAAACAA